AUGGCACAGCAAGAACAAACGAACAAUGACAGUCACCGACUGCCGCCUGCAGGACCUGACCAGAUCUAUGUGAAAGUCGCGGCUCUGAACGGAGGCUUCCUCACGCUUCCUGAACGCAACUUUGUCACAGACCCGGAUCCACAAAAGGGCACGACGGUACCGUCAAUGUGCUUCUUGAUUGAGCACCCAGGCAAAAAGGGCAGCACGAACACCACAGCGCGAAUAGUGUUCGACUUGGGGAUCAAGCGCGACCUGACCAAGUACGUCCAGCCAGCGACGCAGCACCACAUCACGACACGACAGCCCGUGUACUCGUCGGCAGACGCCAGAUCCAGUCUCUUGAGCGGCGGGCUUGAUCCGGCCAAGGAUAUCGACUACGUAAUCCUAAGCCACAUCCACUGGGAUCAUAUCGGCCUGCCGUCCGACUAUGCCAGGUCGAAAUUCAUCGUGGGUUCUGGCACACUGUACAUUGUCGAGAACGGCGCACCACACUACCCUCUCGAGCGGAUCGAGAAGGGCGCGUUGCCGGUAGACCAGACCAUCGAGCUGCCCCCUGUGCCGGGGUCUGACAGAAAACACAUGGCAGCCACCGCCCAGACGGACCACGAGUGGCAGUCGAUAUCGACGCUACCCGACGCCGUAGACUUCUUCGGCGAUGGAAGCUUGUGGAUCAUCGAUGCUCCCGGCCACAUACACGGCCAUGUGAAUGCGAUCAUGACGGGAGAGAAGCAGAUCCUCGAGUACGACAAUGGACAAGGGAAACUGAAGAGCGCACAUGCAGAGUUGUCCAAGGCCAAGAAGACCAUCGAGAACGUCCAGGAGCUCAUACAAGUCAACGGAGGAGAAGUGGUCGAAUGGAUAGUCGCGCAUGACUGGAAGUGGGCUUCCGAAAACCAAAACAGGUUCUUCCCGCGCUGGAUGUACUGA